AUGGAGCAUGUGGUACAGCCUUCAGUGUUUGUAGUGGAUGGACAGACGGACAUCCCGUUCAGACGGCUGGGACAGAACCACAGGAGACAGCGCUGCGGCAUUGUCCAAGUCAGCCUGGCCCUGAUAUUGCUGCUGGGCGCCGGGCUGGCUACUCAGGGCUGGUUCCUACUGAAACUGCAUCAACGUCUUGGGGACAUAGUGGCUCGUCUGCCGGAUGGAGACACAGGCUCCUGGGAGAAACUAAUGCAAGAGCGGCGAGGGUCUCAGCAGGCCAACCCAGCAGCACAUCUCACAGGGGCCAAUGCCAGCUUGAUAGGCAAGGGUGGACCUCUGCUAUGGGAGACUCGACUCGGCCUGGCCUUCUUGAGGGGCCUGGAAUACCACAACGGGGCCCCUGGUGACCACUGAAAGCCGGCUACUACUUACGUAUACUCGAAAGUGCAGAUGAUGAGCGGCAUGGGCUGCCCCCAGGGCCUGGCCAAUGGCCUCCCCAUCACCCACGGGCUGUAUAAGCGCACAUCCCGCUACCCCAAGGAGCUAGAACUGCUGGUCAGCCGGCGGUCACCCGCGGGCCGAGCCAACAGCUCCCGAGUCUGGUGGGACGGUAGCUUCCUGGGCGGCGUGGUACACCUGGAGGCCGGGGAGGAGGUUGUGGUCCGUGUGCCCGGGGACCGCAGCCUGGUCAGACCCCGAGACGGCACGAGGUCCUAUUUCGGAGCAUUCAUGGUCUGAAGGCUGCGGUGAUGAUGGAUUGCAAGGAGGAACCUCUCCAGGACAGACCUCAAGCCCAGCAAGCAGGGAUCUUGGAGUUCCCCUUAAGGAUCCCUAAAUUCUGCAGGUGGAGUGCUCAGGGACCAUGUAGACUACUGACCUGCCUUGGGAAAUCUUCAAAUUGAAGACUUAGGGUGCGGAG